GAAUCAUUAACAAACCGAUAUAAUGUCAGUAAUUGGAAAGCCAAUUUUAUAUUCGUAUUGGAGAAGUUCUUGUAGUUGGAGAGUAAGAAUUGCUUUAAAUUUAAAAGAAAUCCCAUACGAGAUUAAACCUGUCUCAUUAAUAAAAUCGGGUGGAGAACAACAUUCAAAUGAAUAUCGUGAGGUAAAUCCAAUGGAACAAGUCCCAGCUUUACACAUUGAUGGGCACACUUUGGUUGAAUCCUUAAACAUCCUUCAUUACUUGGAAGAAUCCCGCCCUCAACGACCAUUAAUGCCACACGACGUCAUAAAAAGAUCAAAGGUACGUGAAAUAUGCGAAGUAAUAGCUUCUGGAAUCCAACCCCUCCAAAACUUGAUAGUUUUGAUACACGUGGGGGAAGAAAAGAAGAACGAAUGGGCCCAACAUUGGAUCACCAGGGGAUUUAGGGCGGUGGAAAAAUUGCUUUCGAGUAGUGCGGGGAAGUAUUGUGUUGGAGAUGAUGUUACUUUAGCCGAUUGCUGUUUGAUUCCGCAAGUUUUUAAUGCGAGGAGGUUUCAUGUGGAUUUGAGACCGUUUCCUAUUAUUCUUAGGAUCGAUAGAGAAUUGGAAAAUCAUCCGGCGUUCCGAGCUGCUCAUCCAAGCAGCCAACCUGAUUGUCCUCCAGAAGCAACGAAGUAAUUUUUUUUUUAAGAAUACUGGUAACUCUUUUGUAAUAUAGUUUUAUGUUAAUUAUCAAAUACAGGUGGUUACAUUUAGAGCGAAAAACUUAAUAUUUCAAAUUUAUUAAAAAUCUUAUUACUUUUUAUAAAAUGGUAAAUAAAAUUGUGUUUAUUUAAAUAAUUGGAAAUAAAAUUUUAUGAUACUAAAUUAAAACCUAUGACAUAUAUUAUCUGGGUUUAUGAAUAUCAUAAUAAGUUAUGGAUAUUAUAUUUAAGUUUGAACUAAAAGUAUUUAGAAGUUUUAACUCUAAUAUUUUUCUUUGUAUUUUUUUGGUAAUUAGAUUGAAAAUGUGGAAAGGAAAAUGUUAUGUGGCCAUAACAUGAUUUUACUAAUUUUCUUUUUUAAAAUUUUGGCACAGGAGGAUAAUAUUGAGAACAGAUUGUGAACAUAUUAAAAGUUGUACCUUUA